CUUAUAUUUAAAAAUAUGAAUUUUAAUUUCAUACUGAAUUUUCCACAAGCUUCCUGCAGUGUGUUGACUGUUGUGUGACUCGAGAGACCUAUUAUGGUGUUUCAUUCCGUGAUGACUUUUGACCUACUUCAUAUAUUUUCAUUCCAAGGUGCGGCGGAAGAACAUGUGUGUUUAUUAUUUAUUUAUCCUCUCAAUUUUACAGAGCAGAAUUUGUGAGCUGGUUAAAUUGAUCGUAACCUCUCCUGAUGGCAGCCUACGUUGCGAGCUUGCCGCGGGUCGGUCGCAGUUUGCGACCUUCCCCGGGACGUGGCCGUCUCCUUUCUGGUAGCAGCACAGCGUUCAGCGUCCGGGGACGGCCAAGGACAUUCGAAGUGCAUAGGGAAGCGGCAGAACAGCCAAUCUUCUUCAGGUCCUCCAUCGGCAGCUUCUUCCAGGAGAGACCGCAGAUCAGUAACCCUUUUUAUGAAGACGCUUUGCUGCAAAAGUACCUAAAAAGAAACCUGCCAUUUGAGGUAAAGGAUGCAAUCAAAGCUGACUUGGCUAGGUUUGGAGAAAGGCUGGUGAGUGAAGUUGAUGCUCUUGGCCGUCAAUGUGAAAAGAAUCCACCCCAUCUUCAGCAGUAUGAUGCAUGGGGCCAUCGAGUGGACCGGAUUUUCACCUGCCCCGCCUGGAACCGCAUGAAGGAGAUCUCUGCCCAGGAGGGCCUUAUAGCUGCAGGAUAUGAGAGGGUACAUGGAGAGUGGAGUCGUGUUUAUCAAAUGUCCAAAAUAUACCUAUACUCUCCUUCGGCGGGACUGUAUACCUGUCCACUGGCGAUGACGGAUGGUGCAGCCAAAGUGAUUGAGUCCCUAGGGAUGACUGAAAUCACAGAGAAUGCAUUUCAGCGUUUGACCUCUCGUGACCCUCAGCAGUUCUGGACGUCCGGCCAGUGGAUGACGGAGCGGAAGGGUGGCUCGGAUGUGGGUAGCGGGACAGAGACUAUUGCUCAUAAACAAGCAGAUGGGACCUACAAGCUUUAUGGGUACAAAUGGUUCACCUCAGCGACUGAUGCCAACAUGACACUCACUCUCGCAAGAGUGGCGGACCCAGAGGGACACACACUACAGGGCAGCAGAGGGCUUUCUCUGUUUUUUGCAACACUGCGGGAUGAGAAGGGGGAACUGAAGGGCAUUGAGGUGCAGCGGCUGAAAGAUAAGUUGGGGACACGACAGGUGCCCACAGCUGAGUUGCUGCUGGAUGGCUUCCCAGCUCACAGGAUCUCAGCUGAGGGCAGAGGAGUGGCAUCGAUAGCCAGCAUGCUCACGAUCACCCGCAUCCAUAACACUGUUUCUGCUGUAGCUGCCAUGAGGAGGAUCAUCCAGCUGGGCAGGGAAUAUGCCAAAAAACGCUUUGUCUUUGGGAAGUUCCUUAAGGAGCACUCCUUGCAUGUACAGACCAUGGCGAGGAUGGAGGUGGAGACCCGCGCUGCCUUUCUGCUGAUGAUGGAAGUGUGUCGGCUGCUGGGCAGAGAAGAGAACGGCUUAGCUUCACCUCUUGAGCUUCACCUGCUUCGCCUUCUCACACCGGUGGCCAAACUGUACACAGGAAAACAGGCUGUGUCUGUGGUGUCUGAGGGAUUGGAGUGUUUUGGGGGCCAGGGAUACAUGGAGGACACUGGAUUACCCACAAUGCUACGGGAUGCACAAGUGCUGACUAUCUGGGAGGGAACCACCAAUAUCCUGUCACUGGAUGUACUUCGAUGUAUGAUCAAGAGUCAUGGGCAGGUGCUGGAGGCCUUCUUUACUGAUGUCAAGGAAAAGCUAAGGACAGCCAAAGGAAAAAGUGCUUUGCGUCCUGCAGUGACAGCCAUAGAUGGUGCCCUUAUUAGGCUGGGGAGUUUUGUGCAGACCUCUACUCAGAGGCUCCCCAGCUACACUGAACUAGCAGCUCGAGAUCUCGCUUUCAGCAUAGCACGCAUCUAUAUGGGGGCCCUAAUGGUGGAUCAAGCUGCAUGGGAGGGAGCAAGCCAAACAGACAUUUACGCUACUCUCAGGUGGUGUGAACAGGACCUCUGCUGCGUGGCCACCAAGGAACAGAACGGCUGCUAUGACUCAGAGAGCCCAGCUGCAGACACAGCUUUGGUGUAUGAAGGGAUGCCAGGACCCUGAACAGCACUUGGCUGAACCUGUGAUCACAUGAAUGUGGGGUCCCUAUACUACCAAAGUUCUGUAUUCAUGAGAUAUUCAUAUAGCAUUGCACCAAAAAUGGAAGAAAAAAAAUUGUAAAAUUAAAUCCAAAUGCUUUUUUUGUUUUCCUGUUAUAAAUGCUGGUGAAUUUCUUUGGUAGGUAAAAAAGAUGAAUAUGACGUAAGUCAUUGAUUUUUUGGUCCCUUAUUCCUUAUUCCUCUUAACACAUAAUGACUUCUAAUAAAGCUGUUAACAAAUGUAGGUGGACAAAUGAAGGGUCCUUAUACGCCUAAAUCAGCCCUGUACGGAUAUUUUAUAGUUAAUUAGGGCUGGUAUUAAAUUGUUUUAAUGCUGCUUAUUAAAGAUGUUAAAGACC